AAACUUAAUGUUUUCGCCUAAUCGCGCAAGCUGCUGCCGCUCUUAAAGGAGACGCAUCCCUACCAGGCCUUUUCACUGCCGGGGCAACAUAAGGUUUGCUAUAGCUUUAAGAAGUAAAUAAUUGUAAAUGUUCGUUAUUUUUUUAUUUGUUAUUUUCAAUUACGCUUUUACUUAUAUACCACUUCACAAAACAACUGCAUGGGGACUAAAACUAAUAGUAAGCCAAGAAAACUUGGUCUCACGGAGGCCUCUACAUUUCGUUGGCCCUAAAUGUUCAAUAUUAUGAUAACUAACUGGUCACAAAGGUAUAUCCGGGCUGCUGCAGGUGUAUAAGAGCAUUAAGAGACUCUUUUGAGGACGAGGAUAUAGGUAUUCGUGCAGGUGAAAACAAAGGGGAGAUUCGAUGGAGGCCGCUGAUACAUCCCCAGAAUCGACUGAAUCACCCAGCCGAAGAAGGGGAAGCAAACGCCGUGUCAAACCCGCAGCAACCCUCCCAGACUCCGCGGGCUCUUGCAUUGGUGCUGUGCGAGUCUUGCGAGCCAGAGGAGCUGCAGCUCACAAAAGUAAUGAUUUAAAGAAUGCCUCCUGUGAGAAACAGACGCCAAGUCUGCACGGUGGACGAAGGAAACCUGCUGGGUCAAGCUGCAAAAAUACACUUGUCAUGAAGUAAGUACGUGAUCAGAGGCGCGUCAACUACUUCAUCGUAUUUUUCCAUUGAAAGAGCAUAGCAACAUCACUUUUAAGAGGCUUGUUUGAUGCAUCCAACUGAGCCUGAACUACAAGGAGGCUCGUGUCUUUAGUUAUUUGAGUGUGUAAGUUCAGUGAGGUUUCUUAAAGCUAUAGGCUUUCCAGAUAUUGAAACCAAAACAAAUCAAUUGAAUGCAUUUUCUUUUCUGAUGUGUUACCCUCUCACUAUCAAUGGCCAGUAGAUUAAAGACAUUUUGCAUUUUGUAUGAUGAACUGUUGCUUUAUUCCAACGUGCAUUUUGCUGUCAGUUACUAUGUACCAUUUCUCCUUUAGACCCAAGAUGAAGAAGUUGACUGCCAAAAAAGGUAACAAGACACACUUAUGUCACAUUCAGGAUUUUAAUUGUUGUAAUAAAGGACAGCAGUCAGUAAGAUGUGCGCAACCUUUCAUUUUCAGCGUCUAAAAACAGUCUGGGAACAAAGUUGUCCAAAUCGAAAAAGGGCAAAAGGAGACUUUCAGUCCAAGCCUCCCACACCUCGCCUGCAACAUGCAAGCCAAGAGCAAAGACUGAGGAUUCAUUAUGUGGUAAAACAAAGACAAACUUCACCAGUGUUUCAAAUAUUCACUGUGGGCUCCAUUUUAUGUAAAUGACUUGGCUCUUCAGAUGAAGAAAGCUAAUUUUGUUGUUUUUAUUACACUGGCAGGGGUCUGAUCUGUGAAAUAAGUUCAAUACAGAUAAGUAAAAGAAAAACACAAACCAUGCCAAAGGAUGAAAUGUAUAAGAAGAAGCACUGGCAGAGUUUUGGUUCAGCUGAUUUGGAAUACACUGAGACAUAUGUAUGAAAGAUGUAACACCUCGUGAUCUUGAAGCCAAAGAGCUUUUGUUACAUAAUUUUGGCUGUACUUAAGCUUAUAAAAGCACCAAAGUGGCAACACAUCCUGACAUUUUUCCCCAAAACCAAACAUGCAUGAUGUGAUUGAAGGUGCAAGGGCCUGCUGAGUGCUGCUUGAGUACUUUGAUAAUAUCUUGUAACUCGGGAAGUAAUUUAGCUACUUUUUGGUCGUAGUAGCUAAUAUGUGCUUUGAGUGGAAAGAAAGACCAACAGUUCCUUCAAUCAUUUGUUGGCAUGUGUAAUGAUGAACUGAAGAAGUCCCAGUGAGCCAUGGGGUGGUUCAGUGUGUACUAGAGAAUACUGCCCCACUUUGAUUUAACUAAUUACAUUUUGUCCGUAGUUGACCAAAUACUGGUUACUAAGUGUAUAAUUUCACAGAUGACACAAUAAUAUAAUCAGAACAUUGUACAGGUGACAUGAAAAUAAGAGCAGAAACAGAUUUAACAUUGUCAAACUGAACUGGUUACACUGUUACUGUCUGCUUUUCAGGAGAGAAAUCAGGCUCUUCAAAGCAAAGCAACAAGUGAGUUGUAUUCAGCUUAUGAUCACUGGUAAAAUUUGCACUUAUAUUUGAUUUUAUGUUGUGUUUUGUAUGAUUGUGAUGUCUGUAUCAGUGUUUCAGAUCCAGAUGAUCCUUUCAAAGAGGACCCUCUAUUCAGGGAUGAUCCAAAUGAUAAACCAGAGACUCAAACGUAUGACAUGCUCAUUGCUUUUCCACCAUCUGAAUAAAUCCUAUGUCCAUGUUGUAGAUCUCCGUAUGUAAUGUUUUAUUGCUCUGUCCGUCAGGGGGAAAUCAAAGUGGCAUGCAGCAUCACAAAAGGAGAUCAAGAAAGAGGAAGAAGACAUCAAAAAGGAAGAAUUAGCCAAGAGUGUUGUGCAAAAUGAGGACAAUGCAGAGGGUAAAGCUGAGCCACCACAGAGGUAAGUAAAAUAUGGAUGGAGGAUUAUGAAUGCACAACAGCUGUGAACACUGGUGAAACUGUCUCUGGGCAUUUUAGAUGUUCUCCAUGGCCUGAAGCAACAAACGUGUUUAUGUAUACACAGAAAGUGUUAUGAAAUAUGUUUUUUAUGUCCACCAUAACAGAAGUAAACAAAAUAAGUUUGUUCCAAAUUCUGCUUAUCAUUACAAAAAGAGUUUAAUUUAACAUGGACAUAUUAAGAACAAGACCCACUUGUCAACACGUUUCAUGUUUCUGUGAUGGAAAAAAAAAACAGGCUGGGCAAACCUCUUUCGGUAUUUAAUCUUGUCAUGCAAAAACAACAGGUGUUCGACUGAAGUCAUGCACAAAAUCCAAACAAGCGGUGCCACCCAUAACCUGAGUCAAAGAAUUAAUCAACGCUGACGCCAAAGUAAACCUCCAGGCAAUCUUUAUACCUAAAUGACGUUUAUUGAUUGAAAACAACAGUGAAAACAUUCAGAUCUGUGGACUGAGUCACCACCUCUCCAUUCUUAUACUGUGAUUAUGCAAUCUUUGUCUAUUUAAAUCCCUGUUGUGAAAACAAGUCACAAUUAUAUGUGCAAUAAAUCAUGGCAAUCAUAACCACAAGAAGCAACCUUAAUUAAUCAAAAAUGGAACUGUGCCAUACCGAAGGGCGGAGACUCCUUAUGUGACUAAUUGAUUUUUAAAGUCAAGAGUUACGGAUUUUGUUUGUAAACUGGAUUUUAAGAUCAGAUUGAGCAUUUUAUUUUCAUUACAGGAAGUCCAGACAACAAAAAGAUGAUAAAGCAACUCGGCUACCAAAGCAAAGGUAACAGCUGUGGUUGUGUUAACUGGAGCUUCAACCGGAUGAAUGAUUACUUUAAUUUUUCUCUGUUAACUUUGUAGGAAAAAGCCCCCUGUGCAGUAUGUCCGAUGUGAAAUAGAAGGCUGUGGCACUGUCUUGGCUCACCCACGCUACUUACAGGUUUGCUAUCCUGUCAACUCGACAACCUCAUUUAUUCCUCUUAACCCAUUGACACCCACAUUAAUGAACAUAAUCAUGUUAAAUGAGUCUCACAUGAACAUGUUUUGCAUCUAGUUUACCUGGUGAGUUGCUGAAUGAAUUGUAGCAUUUUUGUGCCACAGAAUUAUUGCCGAUAGACGCUUUUGAUGGUAAAAUCUUUACAAAUGGAGGAUUAGAUUUAAUAUGCAUCAUAGGCGCGACUUGUCCUUAACACCGUGGGUCACCACAGCGUCACUGGUUGGAGGAAUGAACAAGGAAAUGUAUCGGUGUAGAAUCCAACUGUGAAAUAAUGCCACACAUUCCUACUUCUACACGCUGUACCUUUAAAAUGGACAAGAUAUGAGCUCUUUGUCUCACUGAAAUAUCAGCUCAGUCAAGAAUGCAAAUAUUAUAAUGUUAGGAUGAUAAACACUGCUCUGUCUCUCAUCUCUUUAUUUCAGCAUCAUAUAAAAUACCAGCACAUGCUGAAAAAAAAGUACAUUUGUGAUCAUCCUACGUGCGGACGCUUGUUCCGUCUGCAGAAGCAGCUGUUGCGCCACGCCAAACAUCACACAGGUGAAGAUAGGGGCAUACUUUUUUAUUUACAGCCCUCAGACAGACUCACUGCUUUGUGUAUUUUCAUUCAACUGUGAAAUGACCCCAUUUCUGAGGAACUUGAAAUGUCUGCGCCUAGUUGUAGAUAACGAGUCAUAAGAUGGCCAUCAAAGCUUGAUUUCCUGUUUCUGUCCUGAUUUGUGGUUUGUUUGUUUCCCCCCGUUGUGUGUCUGACAGACCAGAGGGACUAUAUAUGCGAGUACUGUGCCCGAGCCUUUAAGAGUUCUCAUAACCUGGCUGUGCACAGGAUGAUCCACACAGGAGAGAAGCCGAUACAGUGAGUAAGACGGAAAUUUUGUACCAUCAUGCCCUGUCAUGUGGUGUGGACAAGGAAGUAUUUAAAAAUAGACAAGUGAGACAAAAGCGCAUUUACUGUUAUGAAGAGGAGUGGCAUCAGAUAACAAAGUCGGCAUUUGAAAUAUUUUUUUUUACUGAUGUGAAAAAAAUCCUUUCAAUAAUGUCGACUCAUUUUAAGUUUGAGAGUUUUCAGGACAGUUUACCGAGUCCAGGUUUGUGUGAUUCAUGAAAAACACAGAAAAAUGACAAAUGAGCACAUCUUUAAAUUCAUUAACCUACAAAAGCUUUUUCCAGCAUUUAACUUUUUAAUUUGACUAAGUGGAGCUCUUAAUUGGAGUCUUUGUUGUUCACCGAAGUAAAAGCACAACAGACGCAGAGAACCCCUAAUUAUCCAGUUCUGAUUGACACAAGGAGCAAUUAACACUCCUUAAUUACCAUUUCAUUAUUUCUAUUACUAAGUGUUAGUAGGUUAGUUCAUAAUGUGCAGUAUUACGUAAAUUUAGAGCACCAGGUGUGAGCGAUCUGGUUUGCCUGUUCUACUUAUAGGGCCGAAACUGGCUGGCCUGAAUCCCUCACUUUAGUGAAUGCUUUUAGCGCUGACUGGCUGAGGAUCGAUUUCUUUCCAAUGAAAUCUAAAACUUCCUGAGAGAGUUUUUCUUUUGUUUGUCCUACACCCGGACCUGUGCAUUUCUGUUAACUUCUACUGUUACUUCACUCGAACUGAAAAGAAAACAACAACUUUUCAAUGACCCUUUAAGCCAUAAUGCAUCACCAAACACCAAAUUAAACCAAAAAGUAGUAUAAAGACUAGAAACGGCUCGGACACGACUAUCUAAUACAUUCAAAUCCUCUAUCAUUCAUGUUGGAUAUAUAACAUUUUACCUGAUUAUUUAUCUGCUUCUACACUUUGCCAAUAACAAAUCUGUGCUUUUACUUCCCUAAGAUUUUGAAUACAGGGACCUAUACUUAAAACUGCGCACUAAGUAAACGCUUGUAAAAUUCAAGGUAAUGGAUCAAAUAAAGCCGGAGUGCGGCUGCCGUUCUGCUCAUCUCCUCUGCUUUGUCUCCCCCAUGUGGCAGGUGUGAGAUCUGCGGCUUCACCUGCCGUCAGAAGGCCUCCUUAAACUGGCACAUGAAGAAGCAUGAUGCCGAAGCCUCCUUCCAGUUCUCUUGCAAUAUUUGCAACAAAAAAUUUGAGAAAAAGGACUCUGUUGUUGCACACAAAGCCAAGAGCCACCCUGAGGUGCUUAUCGCUGAAGCUUUGGCAGCUAAUGGGGGCGCUGUAAUAAGCACACCCAUCCCAGUCCCAGAAUCUGUCCCGGAAACUGCUGCAGAAACUGUCCCUGAAACUGUCCCUGUGCUCACCCAGCCUGAAACUCCCUCUGUUAGCCAGGAGAGCCAUGAGGCAGAGAGUGGUUCGCUGACCCCCCUUGAGCAGGUGGUGCUCCCAUUUCCUCCACAGACUCAAGUAGACGUCCCUCAAAGCCAGUUCCUCCAGCUCCCCUCACACCAUGUGGUGCAGGUGGCACAUCAGCAGCAAGCCCCCACCUUGCUGCACCUCACCACUGCUACUCCCACUCACCUCUCCAGCACCCAGCUCAUCCAGCUCUCCACCUUCCCUGUCAUGCCCAUGUCUACGGCGGACCACCACAGCACACUCGUCACCCUGAGCCCCGUCACAACAGCCACAUUGGUGCCUCACCAGCAGGCUGUACAGUGGGACAGGGAGGCUGAGGAAGAGCCACAUGUGCCAGGGGAGGGCAAGCUGUGGGAGAGGGUGGUGGUGGGUGACAGGGAAAUGGAGUGGGAGGGCAGCUAAGGGGGCACAAAGAAGGAUGAAGGGAUUGUUUGGGAGAGGGGAGGAGAGAGGUAUUUGGACAUAUGAGGGGGAAAAGAAAAAAGGAAGAAAGAAAAUUUAAUUUACAAAAUAAAGCAACUGAAGGAUCUUAAACUAUUAUUUAGCAAACACUAUGAAUACUAAAGAAAUAGGCUUUAUCUCUAUGAAGUGUGUAGCAGUAGAGUACAUAGCUGCACAGAAUACUGUGCAUCAGGGAAUAUGUGUAUAUAAUAAUAAUAAUGAUAAUAAUAUUACAGAUUCAGUUUAGGUGUUUUAUUAAAUGGUGCUUCUUUUGUUGUAAAUGUUUUUUCUAGAGAUUAAACUGAAAUAUAGAUGCACAUGUCGUGUAACAUUGACUUUAUCAGCUUUACUCUGGUAGUUUUAACAAGUGAAUAGACACAGAAAAAAAACCUGCUGAAAGGAGAAAAUCCAUACCAAAUGUGGUAAAAAAAUAAAAUAAGGCAGCUGAUUUCUUAUAAAAAUGUUUUACGUUAACAAUCUUGGAUAAAAACAUUUACCACUGCACACCUUCAAAACAACUUAAAUGAGCUUUUAUACUGUUAAGACUAAUUUGAACAGAAAAAUUGAUUAAAUGACGACAGUUAAAAAACA